AUGGCGCCUCGCUCCUUCGGUGACCCUACUAAUAGUAAUGGUUUCAGUCCCUCCUUUGCCGGCCCAGGUCCUGGUAGUGGGAGCGGCACUAUGACAUCGUCCCCCAGUGCUCGCGUGGGUGAUGGGCCGAGCCCCCUAGGCGUUCGACCCGACCGACCAUGUGACGGGUGUCGACGUCGCAAGAGUCGCUGCGUCAUCAACCCAGAUGCUGCCUCUUGCGUGAUGUGCCAAUUCCACAAGCAGGCCUGUACCUUUAUCGAAGAGGCAGCUCCGCGGCGACGAAAACAGCCCAACAACCCUGGGCCUGGGGCGAGUGCUGCAAACUCCGAGAAUGCUUCGGUUGCUUCCCUAGCUCGGCAGAGACGAUCAGGUUCCGAUGGCAAUGGCCCUGCCCCACGACGGCAAUCUGCUGAAUCCAUUCGCAUUGGCCCUGUCAUCGACGAUUAUGCAAACUUGCAGGGCGAGUCACUACUGAAAAAAACGCUGGGGCUGCAAAAUCAUAGGUAUGCCAAAUACAUUGGACCUACCGACGAACAUGACUUUGCCCUGCUAGAUCUUCGACUGUACGACGACAUCAAGGGUGAAAGUCCCGCUGAUCAAGGUUCUUUCCGCAAAGUCGGACCCAAUGAGUUCUUCCACCAAUAUGCCGACUCCGACUCGCCGAAUCAUGCAAGAGAGGUCGAGGAGCUCGACAACAUUGAACGCAUCGUCGCCCCUCACGGUGAAGCUCUGAUCAAACUCUACUUCCGGAUAGUCCAUCCAAGCUUUCCCAUCUUGCAUAAGAAGGUCUACUUGGAGAAGUAUGGCCGGACCCAUCGGGAGUUCUCGCCUCCCUUACUUGCUGCCGUAUACAUCCUGGCCUUGAAUUGGUGGUCCUACAGCGCCGAGCUCGCGAAGCAGACAAAGCCAAACGUCGGCGAACUUGAAGACGUCGCCUACCGAACGUUGCAAGACGUCUCACACCGAGCAAAACUAUCCACCGUGCAGGCAGGGCUGCUGCUACUGCAACGACCGGGCAGCAACCAGGCGUGGCAGCUGACCGCUCAACUCGUCGCCAUAAGCCAAGAUCUUGGGUUGCAUCUGGACUGUUCAAAUUGGCGAAUACCGUCUUGGGAAAAAGGGCUUCGGAAACGACUGGGCUGGGCUCUUUUCAUGCAAGACACUUGGUCGGCCUUGAUAUACGGACGGCCUCCUCACAUUUCGUCGACCAACUGGGCCGUGCAGCCUGUGAUCAGUAGCGAUUUCCCCGAAAGUGCCGCCGACGAGGAUGAGGAGGACGGCAGCACCGAGGUCGAAAAGGGCAGGACUCUGUUCAGUGCGAUGAUCACUCUGACCAAGAUGCUUGCCGAGGUGCUGGAGGCGCUCUACUCGCUGAGGUCGGAAACCGAGGUCAAGAAUUCCUACGACAGCACCAAAGCCAUCCUUGACCGCGCCAAACCGAUUCAACUCAAGCUUCGAUCUUGGUACGCCGACAUGCCCGAGACGCUGCGCAUGGACGCCACCAGAGUCGGCAAGCUGAGCUCGGUGGGCUACCUGCACCUGGCCUAUUUUGCCACGGAAAUCACGCUGCACCGACGGAUCCUGCGCUCGCUCUCGCACAACACAGACCCGUACAUGAUCCAAAUAUGUCGAUCAGCCGCAAAAGCUAGACUCAUCAGCGCCAUGGACUUUUUCAACCGCCUCAAGCCCGAGCACCUCCAGUCGUUCUGGUACUUUGCCUCGAAAUUCAACUUCGCGCUCAUCGGCACCUUUGCGGGUCUGUGCUUCGUCACCUCAGUCAGCCAGGAAGAGGCAGAGUUCUACCAGAGACGGCUGCAGGAGUACCGGUGGACGCUGAGGGUGUCGAAUAAGAGUGCCGAGUUCUUGGAGAUUGCUAGUGGCAUUCUCGAGUCGGCCGUGGGAUCGUUGCUGAAGGCUGCAGAUGCCAUUGACAGUCGACGAUGGUCGUUCCCCAUGCUUCAACAACAGCCCGAAGAAGAUACGGCGAUGGAGUCGUUCUUCCCCAGUACUGAAGAUGCCUUCUUUGACACGCAGAUGGAGUCGUGA